AUCUUCCUCAGCCCCCCAAAAGAACAAUAAUGCAUUCAUGUAAAGUUAGCAUUUCUUCAAUCUCCAGGCUUCAACAAAAUCACUACACUGUCUGCAAUUCACCUGUUCAGAUAAAAGCAAUGGACAUAUAUACAAAAAUCUUUUAGCAAUUAUGAAAUCAACAGUGCCUUCAAUUCUUUCCUGUGAAUUGAAAACAUGCAAAUAUUAUAAUAGAAACAGAUUCAUUGUUAGCAGUGCAAAAGUUUACAACCAGGGUGCAACUAGGCUUGAUCCUCAUGGAAACUUGAUCAGCAAAUGUCGGAAUCUUCUCAACAGCAUUGGCAUUGCCAACUUAAACAUGUAUUUCGAGAAGCCAACACUUGUGCUGAUACGAUGGUGUCAAAGCUCCACCACUUGGGUAAGAGUUAGCAUUAUUUUGAAGAACCACCUGUGGAAGUUAUGCAACAAAUGACUUCCAGGUGUUUGUAGGCCUCAAGCCUUUAAUUUGAUCAGCGGAUAAAAACACUGUCCAUUGUACACCCCAAAAAAAUAAAAAUAAAAAGGGGCAAAUAUACAUAUAUUAUACCUAAUAUAGGGAGGGAAAAGGAGAGAUGAAGGCUGGGUUCAAACUUUAAACUCCUGGGUGGUGUUCCCGCUGAGCAAGUGACUCUUGUCCCUUUGCCUGGCGAGUGCAGAACUCUUUCAUGUGGAUUGUAGCUGAAGAGCUGACUGCUAAAUAUUCUUCAAUGGAAUAAUUUGAAGUGCUUUCAGUCCACCAGUUUUUAUAGAAACUUUGCAAGACAUUCUUCAAGAGAGACCUUUAAAAAAAUCAACAUUUUAAAAUUAUCGAAAUGCAUGCCAAUCAAAACUUUAACCACAAAAACAAGCAAAAAUAAUUAAGUUAUAGCCAUUCCCUAAUCAGUAAUCACAGGUGUAAUAUUACCCAUGUCAAGCAAAGAACUUGUUCCAUUCAUUAAGUGAAACUCUGACUAAUCAAAAAAUUUCUUUCUC